AUGGAAUCGUGUGUUCUCCUUCGCAACAAGAGGGUGGUUCUUCAGAAACCGCCGGUGGCGGUCCCUUGCGUCUUCUGGCGCGCGGGUCGAUGCAACCGUCGACCUUGUCGUUUCCUCCACGCCGAACAGCCCCCAUCUGCUCCGGAGAAAAACACGAAGCGCAAUCUGCAGACCCCGUUGUCAUCUCCGGCAACAAACGCCAAGCGCAAUCUGCAGACCCCGUUGUCAUCUCCGGCAACAAACGCCAAGCGCAAUCUGCAGCCCCCGUUUGCUCCGGCAACAAAGGGCAAGCACAACCUGCAGCCUCCCUCUGCUCCGGUGACAAACGACAAGACCGAUCUCGCAUGGAGGGGAGAGAAUACUGCUUCCUCCGUUGUUUCGCCGCAUGCUUCCUCCGGAGCCAACCUCUCUACUGUUGAGAGACCGAGACCUGUUGAGUCAUUAACCGACGAGAUAGUCAUCGCUGAUGAUAAGAAUAAGAUCGCCGCUGACAGGGACACGGUUCGUAACGAGAGCAAUUGCUCUCUUCUGGCCACGCUCCGGGGGCAUCAACAGGCCAUAUCUGGGAUCGCAUUAGCAUCCGAUACAAACAGAUUGCUCCUAGGAAGCAAAGAUGGAACCAUCAGCGUCUGGGAUUCACUCACCGGACAGCGUGUUCGUGUAAACAUUAUGGGUGCUGAAGUUGGAGCCCUCCUCACUGAGCAACAUUGGAGCUUUAUGGGCGUCUUCGAUUCUUUCCAAGCCUACAAUUCACAUACCAAAACUCAGUAUAUAAUCGAAGAGCUUGGAGGACAAGUUCAUGCUAUAGCUGCUUCGAAUGGAUUCGUUUUUGCUGGUAUCCAGGAUGGCUCCAUUUUGGCUUGGCAAUUCAAUUCAGAAGAAUUAAUUACAGAACAGCCGAUGGCAUCUCUCGAUGGGCAUCUACUUCCAGUAGUGUCACUGCUAGUGCAUGAAGAUAAACUCUAUUCCGGUUCUAUGGAUCACACAAUUAAGGUGUGGGAUCUCACUUCGUUACAAUGCAUACAAACAAUUAAUGGUCAUACAUCAUCAGUGAUGUCGCUGCUUUCAUGGGGACCGUAUAUCCUAUCUUGCUCUCUUGAUAACUCAAUAAAAAUUUGGGCCACUUCCGAAGGAAGUCAACAGUUGCAACUAGUUUAUACACAUCAAGAAAAUAAUGGCGUGAUUUCUCUUUGCGGCAUUAGCGAUGCUAAUGCUAAGUCAGUAUUGAUAUGUGCACGCAGUGACCGUUCCAUUUGUCUCUAUGAUUUGCCAUCAUUCACGCAGAGGGGCCAAAUUCACUUUAGUGAGGAGUUGAAGGUGGUCAAAAGUGACCCUAGUGGUUUAUUCUUUACUGGCGAUGCCACUGGAGAGCUCAGAUUUGCAGCAUCCUCGAUUAAGGCCUCAGGAUGUAAACCUACUGAGUGGAAAAUAUUACAACAGCAAUUCCAUAUGGAAGAUGAUGAUAAUAAUGUCAGUACAAUUAAGACAAUUUGUCAGCUACAUCUGAUAUUUGCCAUAUUGAUCAAGCUCAGUCCAGUUCAAUCUAGCUUGACAAGGCCAUGGAGUACGGGACUUGAUGGGAAUCCAUCGCUGACUUCAAAUUCCUGA